GAUGACUAAAGUGAAGACAGCUGAGUGCAAUUAACAGGUGUGCAAUUACUGUGAUGAAGGGACAAGGCUUUGCGGGAAAUGUAGUGCCUUCCUAUGGGGAAUUGAGGCCACUAGUGGACACCCAGGGAAACACAGACCAGACACAGUGACACAGGGGUCAUGGUUUUUAGUGCAUUACAGAAAACAUACUAUGUUAACCUACUUAAAAUAUAUUUCAUGUGAAGUUUGUGCAAGAACAUAUGCCAACAAGUUUACACUUUUAAGGGGUUCUUAAUGUACUUUUGUAAACAUGUGUAGACCUACUGCAAUAUAUUGUUUUUAUAUUUUAAAUAUUUUAUGUAUUUAUAAUUGUAAUGUUUGAAAAAGCAUGUUAUUUUGAUAAACAUUUUUUACAUUUACAAUGUACAAACCUUUAACCAAUACUUAAAAUAUGUUGUUUACCAUGUUGUUUAGUUUUACUUUAAAGGUUAUGCGACUAUGGUUGAUUAUAGGCAGUCCAUUAAUGAUACAUUAAUUGUAAUUAGCUGCUGGUAUUACGUACUCUUUGCUACUACUGAAAUUCCCACAAGGAUUUCAACAUAACAAAAAAAAAACAUGUCUGAAAGAAAAAGUUCUUGUUUAAAUUCAAACCACACACUGACUAAACCUGAUUGGCUCAAGAGCCAUUGAGCGGUUCUGAUUGGUUCUGUCACGAUCAUCAGUUGGAGUGGCCAUGAACUCCAGCAGAGAGCACUCCUCUCAGGACUUUUGUAUUUGGUGUCUCUUUCCAUUCCCAACUUCAUUUCCCAGAAUGCUUAGGGCUAAUCACCACAAGGAAAACCUUUUGGUGAUUUACAGUAAUUGUAUUUUAAGCAAAAUUUUCUACUGACAUACAGUAAGGGUGAUAUUGGCAAACUUUCACCUGUAGUAAGUCAGUCUUGUUACUACAAAUGUACUACAACCUUUGGAACAUGAAAAAAACGAUUUUGGUCAAUUACAGUAAUUGUUUUUGAAGAUUAUGUACUUUACAUACAGUAAGCGAUAUAUUGUCAAAAUUUCACCUGUAGUAAGUCAGUCUUGUAACUACAAACUUCCUUCAACCUUUGGAACAUACAUUUUUUCUUUGGUGAAUUAUAGACGAGUUUCCUAUGUGAAAUAGGCGAGCCGCCAUUAUCCUUUCACUCUGCCAACGUCUUCCGGUUGUGUUUGCCGAUAAUUUCCGGUUAGCGAGUUAGCGUCUUUUACUGUCUUUGGUUAGCGUGCAGAAAAAGUAAAUUAUGGAUGGUGUUACACGCCGACACGGCUCCGGGACAUAUUGUGCUGUUCGCGGUUGCAACAACUCGUGGCGAUUGCUGAAUGUUUGGUCGGAAGGAGAAUGUUUCGACCAUCAACCAUCUACAAGGCGCCAAUGUGGAUGUGCUCCCCCGUAUGCGUUGUAUGAGAAACCAAAAACAGAUGUUGAAUCUCGGAAGUGGCUAGCGGCUUUGAAGUUGAAGAAUCCGCCCAAAAGACUGUUUGUUUGUUCUUAUCACUUCAUUGAUAAAAAGCCCACAGAGGAAAACCCUUUCUUUGGAACUUUGGUUGGGAUACGAGCGACCUCCCCAGCAAAUGAGACGUAAACUCGACAGAAACACAAGUGACACGCAAUCGGAUGCAGUGUGCAUCGAGCCGAAGUUUAAAGAUGCUGCAACACAAUGGGAGGACCUAACAAAAACUGACCACAGCUACAUGGCAAAGUUGGACCACGUGAACAAAUCGACGCAGACUGGGGGUCAGACUGUGGCUGAUGAUAUGCUCCUGGAUGAUGAUACCUCGCUGCUGUACACAGGACUGCGUCUGGUAUAUUUUUUUACUUUGGUGAAAUCGAUGUUGCCAUUUAGUAAACCAUCAUGUAGUAUUCCUGUUGUUGACCAAAUACUGAUGACCCUCAUGAAACUUAAACUGAACCUUGUGUUAGGGGAUGUGGCAAAGCGCUUUAAAGUGUCUAAAGGUGAAGUAAGUAAGGUGAUUGCUCACUGGAUUGAUACAUUGGGUGAGCAGCUUGAACCCAUGGUUGCCUGGCUGCCAAGAAGUGUUAUACGUGCUAACAUGCCACCAUCCUUUAGAAAGAACCACCCCCAGACCAAUUGCAUCUUCGAUUGUGCUGAAACGGCUAUUCAGAGAGCAACAAACCUUAACUGUAGGAGUGCCACUUUCAGUCAUUACAAGGGAACCAAUACUGCCAAAUAUCUUGUUGCUGUGUCACCUCAUGGGCUGAUAAUGUUUAUAUCAGAGGCCUAUGCUGGUAAAAGCAGUGACAAGUUUAUCAGUGGGUUUCUGGAGGCCCUAAGGCCUGGUGAUGAGGUAAUGGCUGACAGGGGUUUCACGAUUCGAGAUGUACUACAUGAAAGGAAGGUGAAAUUGAAUAUUCCUGCCUUUACCCACAAGCGUGGUCAAUUGACCAAUGAGGAGGUAACGCGCACUAGACGAGUGGCCAAUGUCCGUAUACAUGUGGAGAGGGCAAUCCGAAGACUUAAAGUCUUCAAAAUUCUGUCCCAAACUGUCCCAAUCUCCAUGACCCCGCGGUUGGACAAGAUUCUUACCAUAUGUGCUGCUUUAGCAAACAUGAGGUCCAGACUCAUCCGACUGCCACAUGAGGUUUAGGUCCCUAUGAAAAGUAAAACCUGGUU